AUGGUGAGUAUCGUCCACAAACCAAGCUUCUAUUAUCCAUCAGUAUCGUCGUCUUCAAUAAAAAAGAAACCCAGACACUACGAACAAUUGAAGCAGAAACAUUUUCAAGACAACAACAAUGGAUUCACUUCCCUUUCUUUCUCCAAACCAUCUCCGACUCCUAUCUUGAUCGGAAAACAGUUGAUCCACCGGACCCAUCUCGAAGCCUUAGACGCUGUCGUUUCAGACCUCGAAACCUCCGCUCGAAAAGGCAUCACGAUCAACGAACCAGAGAUCUUCGCUUCUCUAUUGGAGACUUGUUACAGCUUGAGAGCUAUUGACCAUGGAGUUAGAGUUCAUCGACUUAUACCUGCUUAUCUCUUGCGCAAUAACCUCGGGAUUUCAUCGAAGCUCGUUAGGCUGUACGCGUCCUGUGGGUAUGCGGAGGUUGCACACGAGGUAUUCGAUCAAAUGUCUAAGAGAGAAUCAUCUGCUUUUGCUUGGAACUCUCUUAUCUCAGGCUACGCGGAACUGGGUCAGUACGAAGAUGCUAUGGCUCUCUACUUUCAGAUGGCUGAAGAUGGCGUAAAACCAGACCGCUUCACUUUCCCACGCGUGCUUAAGGCUUGUGGAGGAAUUGGGUCUAUUCAGAUUGGAGAAGCAAUUCACCGUGAUUUGGUUAAGGAAGGUUUUGGAUACGAUGUCUAUGUACUCAAUGCUCUUGUUGAUAUGUAUGCAAAAUGUGGCGACAUUGUUAAAGGAAGGAAUGUUUUUGACAUGAUUCCUCACAAAGACUACGUCUCCUGGAAUUCCAUGUUGACUGCUUAUCUUCAUCACGGAUUGUUUCACGAGGCGCUGGACAUUUUCCGUCUGAUGAUUCGAAACGGGAUUGAGCCUGAUAAGGUUGCUAUCUCCAGUGUUCUAGCUCGUGUUUGGUCAUCCAAGCGUGGACGUGAAUUACAUGGAUGGGCAAUUAGGCGAGGAAUGGAAUGGGAACUAUCUGUUGCAAAUGCUUUGAUUGUUUUGUACUCCAAAAGGGGACAAUUGAGUCAAGCCUACUUCAUAUUCGAUCAAAUGCUCGAGAGAGAUGUCGUAUCUUGGAAUGCUAUUAUCUCUGCUCAUUCUAAAGAUUCUAAUGGUUUGAAGUAUUUUGAGCAGAUGCAGCGUGCUAAUGCUAGACCUGACAGUAUCACUUUUGUCUCGGUUCUAUCACUCUGUGCUAAUACAGGAAUGGUCGAAGAUGGGGAGAGACUGUUCUCUUUGAUGUCGAAGGAAUACGGAAUAAACCCGAGAAUGGAACACUAUGCGUGUAUGGUGAAUCUCUAUGGAAGAGCAGGAAUGAUAGAGAAGGCUUACUCAAUGAUUGUUCAAGAGAUUGGUUUUGAGGCUGGUCCAACUGUUUGGGGAGCUUUGUUAUACGCUUGUUACCUCCAUGGAAAUGCAGAUAUAGGAGAGGUUGCUGCUCAACAUCUUUUCGAGUUGGAACCUGAUAACGAACACAAUUUCGAGCUGUUGAUGAGAAUUUAUAGCAAGGCAAAUAAAGCGAAGGAUGUUGAGAGAGUAAGGCAGAUGAUGUUGGAUCGAGGAUUGGAGACAUAA